AUGGGUUAUACUCAAAAGACCGAGACAUGGAACAUGAGUAGCUCCCAAAAAACAGCAGUGACAUUUAAUAGGUUCGGAAAACCAGUAGGAGAUGAAGGAAAUGAAGUUGUACAAUACCUUGGGACACUUGUGAGGAUGACUAAUCAUGUUGGAAUAGAUAAUGAUGAUUGGAGGAAGAUCCCUAUACAGAUAAAAGAAGAUAUGUAUUCUAUGGUUAAGGCUUCCCUAGAAGCCAUUGAAAGAGACUCCUCAAGUACCCUAGGAUCUGUAGAUGAUUUUUCAAAUGAUGACUACUCUAAAGUUAAAGGUCUAGAAAAAAAAGGGUAUAUUAGAUGUGUUGGAAGGAUGUCGAACGUAAAAAAGAAGGUUGUUUCUUGUUCUACUGGUCCAAGUGUUGAACAACUAAAAACCAUGGUGAAGGUUAUGGUUAAUAUCAUCCAAGAACAUAUCCCAAAUGCAAACUUGUCUAGAAUUCUUAGCAAUAUGAACAUACAGAUGCCAUGUAUCACUUCUACAAUUCAACGCAACUCUAAUUCAGUCAACCGAAGAUCAUCUCUGAAAGUCAUCAUAAUGAUGGUAAUCAUUUCAUGA